AGAGUGGAAAGAUGAUUUUGUUGUUCCUGAAAUAGUGCUUCAGCUUCAGCACGACUUUAAAGUACUAUAGGGACCGAACAGUCACUGGUACCUUGAUCAUACAAAUCUAAUCGCUGCGAGAUCCUGCCGUGCGUUAUCUCCAAAGCCCCACAGCAGACUCGUAUGCAGUGCCGCAGGCGCGCAGCUCAAGGUAGCCUCGUAAAAAGAACCCCUGCCAAGUAGUGCGCACGCAAUGCGGCCCUCGUGUUUUGAUCUCAACGCUUACAUGCUCCACGUCUCUCGAUAUUUAAGAAGUUGUUUACGCGGUUCGGAAAAAGAACGUCUCUUUUAGGUUCUUGAAACCCACACAAUUUCUGCCUGCCACGGCGUCUGGGUCGUUCGAGCUUGCCAUUCUUUCCGUGAACGUUAAGACCAUCAAGAUGGCGCUGCUGCGGCGCGUAUCCGCCGAAGACGAGAUACAGCUUGUCAAACUGGUGACCGCGGUAGUCUUCCUUCUUUCAUUGCCAUUCCGACUUUGGGCAGUCCGCAGAUUGCCACCGAAGGUGUCAUCGGGCUCAUUCGGGUUAUUCAAAGCAGUCAUCGCGCUCCUGUUGCCUUUAUACCAGAUACUCCUUGUGAUCGAGUGGUUUGGAUGGCCGGGUGCUCGGGGCUUUGUAAAUGCAGCAGCGCCUAUCACUUCGGUUGUUGCAGCCUGCGGGUACUGGGUGUUAUCGCUUAUUGAGCAGAAGCGAUCGACCAAGCCAUCAACACCAAUCAGCUUAUUUCUGAGCGCAAAUCUCAUAUGCGACUUGGCGGAGCUGGGGCUGGCCUCACGAGAUACCAGACGCUAUGUAGUUGCCACAACAACGGUGCUUCUAGAUCUUGUUUUGUUGGUGGUCGAGAGUCUCAAUAAACGGAAGGGUCUUAUAGAAUCAUCCACGGAAGAGUCCCCUGAAGGGUCGGCGGGCGUUCUGAGUAGGACAUUUUUCUGGUGGAUCAAUCCCAUUCUUGCGAUUGGGUAUCGUAAGACCUUGCGAGAUGCAGACGUUCCCAGCUUAGACCGGGCGCUGUCGUCUGCUUCAUUACGGAGAAACGCGAUAAUGAACUGGGAGAAAAGAGGAAGACCCGAAACUUCGACGACAUUGCCAAGAGUCUUGUUGCACACGCUCUUGACGCCAUUUUUGCUUGUUGUUCCGCCUCGGAUCUUUCUUACUACCUUUAGAUACUCUCAACCAUUACUCAUACGUGAGGCUAUCCGAUAUCUUGGGGCAAUCCACCAGCAAGAAGUGUCUGUUGAUAGCUUCAAUAUAAUUGCCGCCGCAGUGAUCAUCUACGUUGGGCUGGCCAUUUCCGGUGCUGUAUAUCAACAUCGUCUAAACCGCUUGACGGUCAUGACUCGGGGAGUCCUUGUCAGCCUCAUCCAUCAUAAGACGCUCCAUGCUGGUAGCAAUACCUUGAGUGAGGGCAAAGUCGUGACACUCAUGAGUAAUGAUGUCGAUAGCCUCAUUGAAGCUGCAAGCAUGUUUCACGAAACUUGGGCCCAAGUCGUGGAAGUGACGAUUGGUAUUGUGCUGCUUGCGAGUGAGGUUGGUUGGUUGUGGCCCCUACCGCUAAUAUUCAUUUUCUGUUGUUCGCGUAUAAGUCAAUAUGUCGCAAGACAUCUGAGAGCUCGACAAGGGGCCUGGAAUGCAGCAACCCAGGAUAGAAUUUCCAUGACCAGCACAGUGCUUUCGGCUAUCAAGAACAUCAAGAUGCUUGGACUUCAAGCUAGCGCGACUUCGUACAUUGACAGACUUCGUCGUGCCGAGAUUACCACGGCAAGUAAAGUACGAUGGAUGAUGUUUGUAUACAACGCCUCCGCAAAUGCUCUGGGAAUCUUUGCACCGGUGAUCACUUUGGUUCUCUAUGCUGUUGUUGUGAAACUCCAGGGCCGUCGCCUGGACGCAGAGGCAGCAUUUACCACGACAGCGAUUCUUGGCAUGGUGACACACCCUGCAAAUAUGGUCAUGACGAUUGUGCCUCGGGCCAUCGCUUCAUUCUCAAGCUUUGAACGUAUCCAGAACUUCCUUGUAGAACCAGACUUGGAUGAUUCAAGAACUAAAAGGGAAUCUAUCCCCGACAGAACCACGGACUUGGUCCCGAAACAACCAGCAAUCUCAUUCCAGCAGGUAUUGAUUAACAGUUCAACAUCAAAGGUUUUGCUGCAGGACGUCACCUUUGAUGUUCCACAUGGGUCAUUCUUUAUUUGCGCAGGGCCGACGGCGUCAGGUAAAACGACAUUGGCUCAAGCUAUUUUGGGAGAAAUACCGGCGAGCCGUGGUACCAUUUCUAUCGCAUCAAAACGUGUCGGUUAUUGUGCUCAGACGGUAUGGUUGCCUAGUACCACUAUCAAACAGGCCAUACUCUCUUUCUCAAGAACGCAAGAAGCAGAUGAUAGUUGGUACGCUGAGGUUCUUCGGAUAUGCUGUCUUCAACAGGACUUGGACAACAUGCCAGAUGGUGACAUGACGCUGGUGGGAUCCAGGGGCAUGAGUCUUUCAGGUGGCCAAAGGCAGCGCAUAGCGCUCGCGCGGGCCUUGUAUGCCCGCCCCGCCAUCUUACUGCUCGAUGACACACUAAGUGGUCUUGAUGGAAAUACAGAAGGCCACAUCGUAGACAACCUUUUUGGACCAGAUGGGUUUAUUCGCAGACUUGGCAUGACAGUUUUUCUUAUCACAAAUGCUGCGCAGCACUUCAAUUUAGCAGAUCGUAUCCUGGUUCUCGAGGAAGCGAGGAUCAAAGAGCAAGGUAGUUGGGAUGAGCUUCAAUCAAAGCAGCAGCAAAUUGAAAAGCUGGUAUCGAAAAGUGCGGCGCCCUACGUUGCAGUGAAUGAUCGAGCGUCUACGUUGAAACAACCGGGCAUACAAAACAAGUCUGCACUGCAGAAGAAAGCCGAUCGUCGCUCAGAUGGCGACAGUGCGCUUUAUGGGUAUUAUGUGAAGUCUGUUGGGUAUGGCAACUUAGCGCUCCUGGUGGCGUGCACGGCUUCAUAUUCCUUUUUCGGGAUGUUCCCUCAAUAUUGGCUGAAGCUGUGGACGGAUUCGGAGUCUACCACAACAUGGUUUUAUGCUACAGGUUACGUUCUACUCACGUUCAUGGCUUGGUCUACCACAAAUGGACUUAUGUGGACUACGAUCAUGCGAAUGGCACCUCACUCGGGAUUGACGCUUCAUUCAAGAUUAUUGAUUGCUAUCAUGAGGGCUCCGCUAUCUUAUUUCUCAAGCACAGAAACAGGUGAGAUACUUAAUCGGUUUAGUCAAGAUAUGCAAUUGGUGGACAAGCAGCUCGCACCAGCUCUACAAUCUGUACUCGUCCAAACCUUCAAGUUGACUGUACAGUUUAUACUUCUAUUUCUCGCUUCCAAGUACAUGACGAUUAGCCUGCCGUUCUGUUGUAUCGCCGUAUACAUUAUACAAAGAGUCUAUCUCCGUACCUCCCGUCAGUUGAGACUGCUCGAGCUCGAGUCCAGAUCCGCAAUCUUUAGCGAUUUCUUGGAGACAGUGGAAGGCGUUACAACAAUUCGAGCAUUCCAAGCUCAAACAAAAGCAGAGGUAGAUCAUCUGCUUCAUUUGGACGCUUCUCAAAGACCGUUCUAUCUUUUGUCCUGCCUGCAAAGGUGGCUAAAGAUUGUCCUCGAUCUACUCGUGGCAGCGAUUGGAGUCGGUGUCAUUGCGUUAGCUGUCGCGCUCCGAGGUUCAACUCGCGGCAGCCAGAUCGGUCUUGCGCUUAAUAUGAUUCUGGUGGUCAACGCCACGUUAUUGAGCCUUGUACAGAGCUGGACCAACUUGGAGAUUUCUCUGGGCGCUAUCUCACGGCUCAAGACACUUGAGGAAGACGUAAUUAGUGAGGAUGAUUGCAUGGACAAUGAAGAAUCGUACACCUUGAAGCCAUGGCCAGAGCCGGGAGCUGUUGAAUUGCACAGCAUUACGGCUGCCUAUAAUCAAAAUACUGUUGCGCUCCAAGAUUUCUCGUUAGAGGCUAAACCAGGUCAGCUAGUUGUGCUAUGCGGACGUACUGGAAGAGGUAAAAGUUCGGUGCUGCUGUCUUUGCUCAAAAUGAUGAAUGUCAGAGCUGGGUCCAUAAUAGUGCAUGGUCUCAAUACCAGACAUGCGCCGGUCUCUGUUAUUAGAAACAAGUUUUUCGUGACUAUACCUCAAGACGCCACACUGUUCAAUCAUGCUAGCUUGCGUUUCAAUAUCGACCCGUCAGAGUCGUUCGGUAAUGACACUAUCAAGGAGACACUUGACAGAGUCCAGCUAUUGCAUCACUUUUGUGUUCAAGGCAACGACCACGUGGACAAUACUGGGUCUGAACAGGUGCAAAAUGACGAAUCGAACGAGAGACUUCUCGGCAGCAUCCUCUCAUCGUUACCGCAACUUUCAGCCGGGCAAACACAACUUCUGGCAGUCGGACGAGCGCUACUGCAGGCACGCAACAUAGCCGAAUCCGGGUAUAAGCCAAUUAUCCUACUCGACGAAGCAACGUCGUCUCUAGACACGGAUACGGAACGCCUCAUACUUUCUAUCAUCCGUGAAGAAUUUACUGCGCAAGGUUAUACCGUGAUCAUGGUUGCUCAUAGACUGGGUGCUGUCAAGGAGAUCAUGCGUGAAGGCAUAGACAAGAUGGUAGAGAUGUAGGAACACGGUGUUGGUGUAUGUACAUCUGGAGGGUAUCACGAGGUGGAAUCAUGGUCGGUAUAAUUGGACUUUUUCUGCCGCCGGUCCACCAUCUUCUCCGUACAUAGAGUUGCAGUUGCAUUUGCAAAAUCUACUUUCUCUCAUUAGGGGAAUAACUAGUACACCUUCUAACUCGAACCCACCAAUCAAAGACUUCAACCAUAAUUUACAGCAUGAAUUCAAAUCCUUGAGCGACACCAAUUAAUAUGAUACCCUUGUUCCUGCAUUUGCGGGGUCGCUU